CGGCAAUGUCGAUCGUGCGGCGGAGCAACGUGUUCGACCCCUUCGCCGACCUCUGGGCGGACCCCUUCGACACCUUCCGCUCCAUCGUCCCGGCGAUCUCAGGCGGCAGCAGCGAGACGGCCGCGUUCGCCAAUGCUCGCGUGGACUGGAAGGAGACGCCUGAGGCGCACGUCUUCAAGGCCGACCUCCCAGGCGUGAAGAAAGAGGAGGUCAAGGUGGAGGUGGAGGACGGCAACGUGCUCGUCGUCAGCGGCGAGCGCACAAAGGAGAAGGAGGACAAGAACGACAAGUGGCACCGCGUGGAGCGCAGCAGCGGCAAGUUCGUCAGGCGGUUCCGGCUGCCGGAGGACGCCAAGGUGGGGGAGGUGAAGGCCGGGCUGGAGAACGGCGUGCUCACCGUCACCGUGCCCAAGGCCGAGGUCAAGAAGCCCGAGGUGAAGGCCAUCGAGAUCUCCGGCUGAGUGAAUGCGUCUCUGCGAAUGAUCAUCGGGGUUGGAGCCAGUUUCGUUAUGCAACCUGAAAGUAUCUUUGUUCUUGCCGAGUCUAGUGAGACAUCUCUGUAUUGAGUUUCUUUCCCCAAGCCGUUUCUGUACUUGUGUAAUCGCCAACGGAGGGAUAAAUGAGAAAUAAAGUGUGCUGAUUUUGGGUGCA